GCGCCGCACUGCGCCGGGGCCGAGCGGAGCCGAACCCGGUCGGGACCGAGUGGAGCCGAAGCCGGUCGGGGCCGAGCGGAGCCGAAGCCCCCCGAAGCCCCCCCAGAGCGGGGCCGGCCAUGCCUUGAACCGGCUUCUCCGUCCCGGGCCGAGCUCCGCGUCCCCCUCCCCUUGUCCCGUCCCCACCUCCCGUUCCCCCCCCCCCCCCCCUUCCCCGGCUUACUCCGAGGGACCGGCGGGGGAGCGGCCCAUGGCCCGGGCUGGGGGCUGCAGCGGGGCGGCGGGGCGCUGAGGGAAGCGACGGGCCCGGCCGGAAAGAGCCGAACUGUCCGGAAAGAGCCGAAGUGACCCCGAACCGAACGCCGAACCGGGCCGAACUGUACCGGAGAGUCCCGAACCGCGCCGGGCUGUAACGGAGCGACCCGACCACGAGCCGGAGAGAGCCGAACCGGUCCGAAAACAGCCGAACCCGGCCCGAACCGGGCCCGCCAUGUUGUUCCCGGGCCUCUCGCUGCUCUUCGGGCUCCUCAUGGCCGGCAGGGCCCGGGGGGGGUGCGUGGAGGUGGCGUCGGGCACGGAGGCGGUGCUGGGGCUCCCGUUCCGCCUCCUCUGCAUCGCCUGCAAGCGCCGCAGCGAGACCCCGGCCGAGGCCACCGGGGAGUGGUUCUUCCGUGGGGAGGGAGACGCCGCCUUCCACAAGAUCCUGGAGUACAGCCCGGAGGAGGGCCAGUGGGUGGCUCCGGGCCCCUUCUAUGGGGUGCUGGCGUGGAACGGCUCGCGGGGCACGCGGGACCUGCAGGACCUGUCGGUGCGGCUCUCGGCCGUGGGGCGGCCCCACGCGGGGCUCUACGUGUGCCGCCUGCGCCGCAACCUCACCUUCGAGGGCUACAUCUACAGCCUGGCCCGCAACCAGACCCUGCGCCUGGCCGUGGUGGACACCGCGCGUCGGGACCUGGCGUCCAUCGUGUCGGAGAUCCUGAUGUACGUCAUGAUUGUGGUGCUCACGCUCUGGUUGGCCGCCGAGAUGCUCUAUUGCUACCGCAAGGUGGCGGCCGCGGCCCCCCCCCCCGACAGCGCCUCGGAGUACCUGGCCAUCACCUCGGAGAGCAAAGAGAACUGCGCGGGGGUGCAGGUGGCCGAGUAGCACCCAUGGGUGCUGCUCCCCCUCCCCAUCCCCUAUAGCACCCCUAUAGCACCCAUAGCACCUCCCCCCUACACAGCGCCCCCCCCUGCAAUAACCCCCCCGGGGGGGGCGGCCCAGCCCCCCCCCCCAGCACCAUUGCACGGCUCCUAUGGAAGGGAUACAGCACCCAUGGAUGCCCCUAUGGAUGGACCCAGCACCUAUGGGUGCUGCUAUGGAAGGAUCCAGCACCCUAAAGAAGGUUCCAUCACCCAUGGGUGCUCCUGUGGACGGCUAUUGGCACCUAUGGGUGCUGCUAGAGAAGGAUAUUGGCACCUAUGGGUGCUCCUAAGGAAGGACCCAGCACCUUAAGGAAGGUUCCAUCACCCAUGGGUGCUCCUAUGGAAGGUUAUUGGCGCCUAUGGGUGCUCCUAUGGAAGGACUCAGCACCCAUGGAUGGUUCCAGCACCCAUGGGUGCUCCUAUGGAUGGUUAUUGGCACCCAUGGGUGCUCCUUAAAAAGGACCCAGCACUUUAAAGAUGGUUCCAGCACCCAUGGGUGCUCUUAUGGAUGGCUAUUAGCACCUAUGGGUGCUCCUAUGGACGGCUAUUGGCACCCAUGGGUGCUCCUAUGGAAGGACCCACCACCCCCCCCGCACUGGGCUGUGCAUGCAAAUGAGCCGGAUGCAAAUGAACUGAUGCUAAUUAGCUCCGCGCUGAUUGGCCCUAUGCUAAUGAGCCGCGCGCGCUGAUUGGCCGUAUGCAAAUGAGGGGGGAGGGCGUGAACGUGUCGAUCUGCAAAAGCACUUUAUGCAAAUGAAGCCCCUGCUAAUAAGCGCGUUAUGCAAAUGAGAGGGUUCGUUAUGCAAACGAGGUGUUGAAUAUGCAAAUGAGAGGGCUAAUUACGGACACGAAUGGGUUGAUUAUGCAAAUGAGGGGUUCAGAGACCUAUAGGAAUGGGCUUGAUAUGCAGAUGAUGGGUUAAAUAUGCAAAUUAACCUAAUUAGUUAUGCAAAUUAGAGGCAAACAAGAGUGGGUGGUGGUAAGUCCAUAUGCAAAUGAGGCUCUAUGCUAAUUAGGCCUCAUGCCGAUGCUAUAAUGAGCCACGAUGUAAACAAGCGGAGGCGAUAUGUAAAUGAGGCCAUUGAUAAGGCAAUAAUCGAUAUGCAAAUGAGACGGCAUGUUAAUUAGACCACAUGCAAAUAAGGCAACGCAGUAAUUAGA